AUGGCGACGCAUAUUGACGACGCCGUCAGUGGCUUGACAGCUCUAUUCCAACACGUCUCUCGCGCCUUUGGCUUUUCUCGGGCUCACAACUUCGCGCUCUGGCUAGUCCUCUGUGGCCCCUUCGCAGCCUUCAUCCUAACCCAUCUUCGAUACCUCGAUAUCGAUGGCUACUUUUGCGGGAAGCCCCGCGUCGCCAUGCCCGGCGAAUGCUACUACUUCUCCCGGGGUGUCGGCAGGAUCGGUCUCUUCCUACACCUGGCAACAAUCUUCCCUGCGGGCUUACUGGCUGUUUUGCAGUUCACUCCUGCUGUGCGCAAGCGAUCCAUCUCACUCCAUCAGUACAUUGGCUAUGCUGUCCUGGCGCUUGUCGUGCUCAGCUCCCUCGGCGUUCUCAUGAUCUCACGACAUCAUUUCGGAGGCGGGCUGGUUCCUCAGACGGUUUCGGGCGCGGCAACGUCCAUGUUUCUUUUGUCUUUGGCAUUUGCCCUCUAUUAUGUGAAGAGGCUCAGGAUUGACCUCCACCGCGCGUGGAUGAUGAGGGCAUGGGCUGUUGCGACUCAUGUCAUUACUAUGCGACUCAUCGCAUAUCUCAUGGUUGUGUUUACCCACUCGCCUUUGAACCAUUACUACGACUAUCGUCCUUGCGCCGUCAUCGACUACAUCUUCAAACACGACUCGGAUCUGGUUAUGUCCAUGUACCCAGACUGCACCGAUUUCUACUCCGGAGUCUCGCCCGACCAGCGAGUUCUCAUCUCCGCGGAUAUCAUGUCAGGUCGGCCAGAUAAAGUCGCCGCCGGGCUCAAUGUCACGUUCGGCGCGGCUGCCUGGCUCGGUUUGCUGGUCCACUGCAUCGUCAUCGAGACGUACGUCCAGCUCACGCCGGGAGAAACUGAGCGGCUGCGGAGGUUGAGCUACAAGCGGCAACUCGAGGCGGGGAUGGUCAAGGAGGGAGAUUGCACGUGCGCUGCUAUUGUUUCCGUUGAGAAGGGUGGCUUGAUGGGCCGUGGCGAGGGUUGGGGAUGUCGACAGCAUGACAAAGUACUUGGUGUGUCGGAUGAUGAAUAA